UGUGAAGAGCCAUUACGGCAUUGGCUAGAAGAACACCAUGGCGAGCGUAUUCGUGCGCAACCUGCCGUUCGGCGUGACGCAGGAAGAGCUGGAGCACGUUUUCAGCGAGAUCGGCCCUGUCAAGAAGAUCGAUGUCAUUAAGGACAAGGGCAAGCGCAAGAGCGAGAUACUCACGCGCGGAUUCGCCUUCGUAAAGUUCGCUGUGGAGAGUGACGCAGCGGUGGCUGUCGAGAAACUCAACAAAACGGACUUUCAAGGCCGCAAGAUGCUCAUCGACUAUGCUAUGGAGAAGGGCAAACGUCGUGGAUUGCUUGGCAAGGAGAAGCCUGCUGCUGAGAAGCCCAAGCAGGAGGAGCAGGAGCCACAGGAUGUAAAGAUGGAGGAGCCUGCACCGUCAGAUGAAGAUGCCGACAAGGUUAAGCAGGAACGCAAGGCCGCGAAGGAAGAGCGUCGCGCUGCUAGGGCUGCCAAGAAGGCGGCGAAGGCGGAGGCCAAGGUCAAGGAGGAGACGGAGGCGACACCAACCACAGUCGAACCGGAAGAGCAGGUCAAAUCUAAGCAGGAGCCCAAUAUCGAGGCCAAAUCAUCUGAAACUGCUGCUUCAGGCCACGUCCAGAGUGAGCGCAAUGCGCGUCGUCGUCAGCAUCGUGAGUUUUUACGCGAGGUGGAGCGUCGUAAAGAGGAGCAGGCCAGUGUGGAGCAGAAGUCGGUGCUGAUCUUCGGCGUGGGCGCUGAUGUGACACAAAAGCACGUGCUUAAGAAGGUCAAGAAGGUUGGCACAGUAGUGAAGGUCGAGCUCAAGGAAGAGGCUCGUACUGGCAAGACGUAUGCAUUGGUGCAGUUUAAGUCUACCAAGGAUGCGGCUCUGGCAGUCGCCAAGCUGGAUCACCACAUCUUCAAGGGCUCAGUGCUUCAAGUCAAGAGCGCAGCCAAAGCUGUCGUGGUGGAUGAUAAGGAGACGGAUGGCAGGCCUGGUGCUCCGAAACGAGCUGCCGAGACGGAGGGAUUGCGCCUUAUUGUGCGUAACUUGGCGUUCCAGACCACGGAUAAGGACUUGGAGAAGCUUUUCGAAGUGCACGGUCCACUGUUCGAGGUCCGAGUUGUGCGUAUGCCAGUGGAAGAAGAUAAGAAGAAGAGCGACGAGACAGAUGGCGCUGAGCCCGUGCUGGGUCGCAGUCGUGGAUUCGGCUUUGUGCAGUACCGCGACGUGGUGGACGCGCGUGCUGCCGUGGAGAAACUCAAUGGAACGAAACUCAAGGGCCGUGAGAUGAUUGUCGACUUUGCGCUGUCCAAGACCAAGUAUCUUGAACAGCAGAAGAAGCAGGAGGAAGAGGCAGUAGCUGCUACGGAAGGAGACGAGGAGGACGAAGAGGUUAACAGUGGUGACGAGGAUGAAGAUCAGCUUGAAAUGGCGUCGGACGAUGAGAUAGAAGCUGGGUCGAAUGACUCGGACGACGAGGAAGAAGAGGAGGAGGAAUCUGCCCCUGCUCCCAAGGAGGACACAGAGGCUCAACGUGAACGCACGCUGUUUAUCCGCAACCUGUCGUUCCAAACGUCAGAGGACGGACUGCGCGAGUUCUUCCAGACUUUCGGUGCAGUGCAAUACGCCCGUGUAGUGUACGAUAAGGGAUCCGGUCUGUCCAAGGGCGUAGGAUUCGUUCGGUUCAAAUCGGCUGAUGUGGCCGCAGAAGUGUUGAAGCGCGGAGAGCAGCCGCAAACGGACGACAAGAAGAAGCACAAGAAGGACAAGAAGAAGGACAAGGUCUUCACGUUGUCUGCACUGGCAGACGGUGGCGACGACGCCUUGACUCUGGAUGGCCGUCAGCUCAUUCUGUCCCGAGCGGUGUCCAAGACCGACGCUGAGCACUUGGCUGACUCCAACGCUCGUGAACGUCGCCGGCUGGACAAGCGCAACUUGUAUCUGGCGUACGAAGGCACACUGAAUGUCAACAAGAUGGCAGAUGCCGAGCUGGAGCUGCCGAAAAUGGACAUCGACAAGCGCCGUCGCGCCAUCCGCGAGAAGAAGCUCAAGCUCCAGAACCCCAUGUACUUUGUGUCGCCUAUGCGUCUCUCUGUUCGUAACCUGUCGACCACUCUGGAUGACCGCAAGCUCAAGAAACUUUUCCACGAGGCUGCAAGCGCUGGUGUCCGUGCUGGUAACGUGGAUCGUACCGAGAUUAAACUCGAGCUGCUUCCUAAGGGAAACCCUCUGGUUAAAGUCCGUAUGGCCAAGGUGGUGCGUGACAUGGAGUCGGCCAAGGUUGGCAAGGAGCCUCGUUCACGUGGCUACGGGUUUGUUGAGUUUUCCGAGCAUUUGCACGCACUGGCAGCUCUGCGUAUACUCAACAACAACCCCAAGUACACGUCCUAUGCUGCUGGUCGGGUACCAGCUUCUGGGGCACCCGACAGCUCGAAGUCACGUCUCAUUGUGGAGUUUGCGUUAGAGAACCACGGUAAGCUCAAGUUGCGUGAAAAACGCGCCGCAGACGCUGCCAAGAAGCGCGAGGAAGAGCGAGCUUUGAAGGAAGCACAGGGUGAGGGCGAUGAGGACGCUGAGAAGACAAAAAAGAGCCGUGGACAGCGUCAGCGUGAGAAGAAAAAGUUGCGUGCACAGGCGAAGGCCGAAGCUAAGGAUGAAGCUGAGGCGGGCAAGACGAAGCCCAAGAAGGCAGCAAAGGCUGACAAAGUGGUGAAGCAGCAGCCGAAGAAGCGGAAACGCGUUGAGACUGCGCGUGUUGAUGCUGAAGAUGACGCUCUGACCUCGUUGGAGACCGCUCACCUGGCCAAGAAGGGCAAGACGCUUUCUCGUAGCCAGCGCAAGCACGCCAAGGAGAUUGAAAAGGAGAAAUCGUUUGACGAGAUGGUGCGUAGUUACAAGAAGGAGAUUUUCGGUGAAAAAUCUGUGGCGGCAAAGGGAGACGACAAGAACAAGAGCGCAGACCGCUGGUUUGACUAAUCAGAACCAUCCAGAUUGGCCACGCAAAGAUGCCAACCACGAGACCACGCUCGAAACUAUAGACUGCUUGCAUGAAUGAAUAUCUGUCCACCACGUCUUUGUCGGAGUCUCCGUUAACACGUCCAGAUCACGCUUUUAGAUUUCUGCUAGAUUUAGAAUUUCUACUACAAUGUACGAUCGACUUAUCUGGCGAGGCCGGUGAAUCUCCAUUGCCGUUGCGUCGGUGGGGCAUGAGUUCCGAGUGCGCUGUUUCCUUUGCGUUUUUCACCAGUACUCCUCUUGUGGUGCAACAGCCCUCUGCGCACCGACUGCUGGUGGUGAUUCCUGUAC